AUGGCGGCGGCCACCACCAUGGUGGCCACUACCACCACGGCGGCCACCAUCAUCACCACCACGGCGGUCACCACCACCACCACCACGGCGGUCACCACCAUCAUGUUGUCCACCACCCCCCUCGCGCCCAUGUGCAUGUUCACCAUGGUCACCAUCAUCAUGGCCAUCACCAUCAUGGCGGUCACCACCACCACCACCAUGGCCACAAUGACCAGGCCUGCUGCGUCAUCAUCUAAGGGAGUUGCUUUCUCGCCGUAUGGGUUGAGUCACCAAUAG